CAAAUAGCCCAGGAUUUGGCCCGACUGCACCAGAGUGGCAUUGUCUGGGGAGACGUGAAACCAGAAAACGUUCUGAUCGACAAAGCCGCUCAUGCUUGGCUGGUCGAUUUUGGAGGCAGCUCGACCGACGGUUGGGUUGACAAGCAUUUGGCCGAGACUGUUGAAGGCGACUUGCAGGGCUUGCGUCGCCUAGGGGAGUUUUUG